AUUCUGUCUCGUGACUCGUUCCGAUUGCUAAACAUAUGUUUUAAAUUUUAGCUUUUUUCUCUUUUCUUCUUGUUUAGCAUCUAUCUUGUAACAAUAAAUAAAUUAAUUUGUAAAAACCUUAAUUUUAUUUUAUUAAUUAACCUUUUUUUUAUUUAGAGGAAUUCAGUCAUAAAUUAUAAAAUAAAAAAUUUGUAAGAAAUAACAGAACAGUGAACCAGGCAACCAAUCAUGAAUUUGAAUUUUUCAGUUGCUGAACAUGAACUGUUGUUAUUCCUUUCUCUCUCGCUCUUAUGUUCUCUGGCAGUUUGUCACGAAGCCGUCAACCCCAUCCUUGGUGAUAUAGGCGGCCACCAACACACUAAACAAGAACACGAGGGAGAACAUGAACCUGAACAAGUCAAACAUGCGGCCAGCCAUGAAGAAAUAGGUGUCAAAUUCAACUCAUCAGUUAUUCAUAACAAAGAACACAUAAUAGAGCACCUGGAUGGUUAUGCAAAACAACCAGAGGAGAUGAACUCUGAUGAACUUCAGUUCCACUACUUUAAAUUGCAUGACACAAACAAUGACAAUGAACUGGAUGGACUCGAACUCCUUCAAGCCUUUCUUCAUGAACACAAAGAAGAGAAUGAUGAAGAGCCAGCUGAAGACAAAAAGAACCAUAAUCUCAAUUUGGAGCACAUCGUUCCUAACGUUGAUUAUAUCCUGAAGCUCUAUGACAAGAAUGAUGAUGGUAAAGUCAGCUACCCAGAGUUUGUGUCUUCAAUAAAGUUGGAAACGAAUGAUUCACCAGACCAACAUCAACAGCAACCCCCACCACCUGCCCAACAUUUGUGAUCGAAUCAUCAAAUCACUCUUUUUAUUUUGUCCUGUCCACCUAUAUGUGUGUCUGUCUAUGUGUGUGUGCGCGGCGCGCGUGUGUGUGAAUGGUGUUGGUAUGUAAUGCAUGUCGUGUAUAUAAAAACUCAUUAAUUUGUUAUUACUCCCAAUUGAUACUCCACCAUUUUACCAUGGAUAAAGUGCGUUUUGCAUUCCACAGAUGUCAGUUGAAUAGAAUAUUUAUUCGUACGGCAGGGCGGUUGUUGUGUUUUUACAUUAGCGAUGCCCUAACUUGUUGUAUCCCAACUAGUUUUUCUAUUUUACAUCAACAACAUUUGAAUCAUUUUAUUAUCGCCAAUAAUAAUUAUUAUAAGAUUUGUUGAUUUAGAGGGCAGAUAAGCGUUCUUCCUUUUGCCAGGACAGUUUUUAGGCAAUUUGUAAUUUGUAAAAAUACAUGCAUCUUGAUUCUUUUUUUAUUGUUAAUUAAUAAUGUAACUGUUUCACAAUAUUUUUCUCACAUCUCCUUAUUUCCCUAUACGAGUUUCAAAUCAUGGAUACAAGAGCUUGUUAAUUGUUAUCAAUUCAUUGGCCUGUUAUUAAACAAGUUUAGUCAUCUUUUUGCGUUUUCAUGUACAGCGUGGGUUAUGCAAUUCAACAAAAAGUGAAAAUCUGUCCAUUUUGAUCUCAAUAAAGUGGACUUGACUGAUACACGCAGUGCCGGAUCUCGACAACUUUAACGUGGGGAGCCACAACUUCAAAAAUGUUUAAAUUUUUUGGAAUAUUUUGACGGGUGGGCUAAGGUUUGUGUUAGUGUGGCAAAAAUUUGGCUUGCGACCUUUAUUUGAUCGAUUUUUUUUACAUAUAAUAGUGUUUUUUCGUGCAAAAAACUGAAUUUUAGUGACUUUUAAUAAGGCUGCCCCCUAGAUCCGCCACUGAAUGUACGACGAAAUAAAUGUUUAUGUAGACAUUUGUAUGGUCAAAUAAGUUUCUACGUUUAAUUGCCUGAAGCUCCUUUCUAUUUGAACUUUCUUAGUUUUGUUCUCUUUUUAUAAAAAUAAAUGCCUUCAUACUUUAUUG